GUGAAGUUUGAGAAACACUGCGCUCCGGGAGUCCAUUUUUCCAUCCUUGUUCUAAUCGAAUUCGGUCAAUUCGGUGUUGUACGAUCAGUAGGAAUCGUGUAAACAUCUCAUCUUAAGUUACUUAAGCGAAUAUUUCAUCAGUGUUGCUCAUCGACCACCCAGAACUAGUUCGGAGAGGACAGAUAAACGAGCAAUGGCAACCGCAGGAAGCUCGAACGCCGACACAAUUUUGCAAAAACUCGGCUUGAAGCCGAUCACAAAAUGUAGUCUCGUAAAGUUUUACGUCCCAGCGUUCGGCGUUGCUUCGUACACCGCAUUGUCGAUCAAUGUGAUGAAUCCAAGUCUUGUCAUCAGAGUAUUCCCAAAGAAAGACAUCACAAACUUUUUACUGGGUAGCGCUCUCUUCGGCAUCGGUUCGUAUGUAUAUACUCGCGAGCAUAUGACUAAAGCUCCUGGAGGAGCAAGACUCGCGUAUAGCGCCGCCGGUGCUGUAUUGCUGAGCUUUGGAUCAGUUUUAGUAUGGGCGGUACUACGGUCUAUCGUACCACCUAAUCCUACUCUAUGCACGAUAGCUGGUAUUGGUUCCGGUCUUGCGUUUAUUAAGGUUGGUUCUAGUUAUUUGAACUUUGUAGACGAACAAAUACCAAAGAAGUAGAUUGGUAGAAUUUUCAUUGUCGACACGGUAUCGAUAUGUAUUAAAUACAUCAAAAACAAAAUUUGCAAUAAUAUACUAUGAAAUAGUGGAUUGAAUCAAGAAUAAGGAAAGAAAUGUAUUAUUAAGCAAAGAAUUUUUAAAUGUCUACAAAUUUCUACAUUUUGUAUGGUCUUUGCUCCAUAAAUGGGAGAUUAUGGGUCAGAAUAUGUUCACAGUAAUUACAAACUACUUUGUUUUUCUCCCAAUUGAUCAUUUGCAAGAUUCAAAAGAUGCAUUACGGGCACCGAAAGAUACUUAGCUUUGUUGUACGCGUUCAAAGUUGUGAUUUACGUGUCCGAAAAUACAAAAAACGAACAAGCUCUAUUUCUUAAUUUGAGGUAGCUUUAUGAUGUUUAUGCAUUUUUUAAGGUGUACAAUAUGCUUAUCCAAACAAUAGAAUAGUAAUAAGAAUCGUGUUAUAUACGUGCAAAUUUUUUCUUGCAAUUUCAACAAAUAUUUCAAACAAGAAAAAAUUAAUUGAUUUUACGUUACAAAUAAAACAAAUUACAGUUUUGUAAUCUAUUUCCUGUAAACGUAAAUAUAAGAAAUUAAUUUAUUGUUGUACAUUUGUGCAUGUUCCUUUUAUAAAGAAAAGAUAUUCACGAUUAAUUUAAAUUAAAGGAACGUGCGAUGUUAUAAAUGCAUACAAAAUGCAUUUAAUGUAAUUGGAUAAGAUUGUAUCACUUCUUUAAUAAACUCUGUUAUUAAACUUGAA